AUGGAUUGGAUCUAUCUCAUUCGUGUUAUAUUUGGUUUAUUUCUAAUGAAACAACUCAUCUCUCUUCUAUACAUCAUAUUCAUUUAUACAAUUGGAAAGAGAUUAUUCUCUAAAAGGAAAUUAUUAAAACAAGCUGGUGAAUGGGCAAUUGUCACUGGUGCAACAGAUGGAAUUGGUAAAGUAUAUGCAGAAGAAUUAGCUAAUGAUGGUUUGAAAAUUAUGUUGAUUAGUAGAAAUGAAGAGAAACUUUUGAAUGUUGCUAAUGAGAUUGAACGUAAUUAUCAUGUAGAGACAAGAAUAGUAACAGCUGAUUUUACAAAGACUGAUGUCUAUCAAAGAAUACAAGAAGCUAUAGAUCAAUUAUCAUCAAUUGCUUGUUUAGUCAAUAAUGUUGGUAUGGGUGUUCCUAAAUUAGACUAUUACGCAACAGCAGACUAUAUAACUAUAGAUUUUAUUAAAAACAUCGUUUUUUGUAAUACUUUACCUAUUGCUAUGAUGACCCAUUUAGUCUUACCAAAAAUGUUAAAACAAUCAACAACUGGUAUGGCUAUCAUUAAUAUUGGAUCACAUUCUGGUUAUAGACCAUUUCCAUUUUUAUCAUUAUAUUCAGCAACAAAAGCAUUUGUAAAUCAAUUAUCUCGAUCCAUUUCGAAUGAGAACUAUAAUCAUCGUAUUCAUAUUCAAACAGUUUGUCCAAUGUUUGUAUCUACAGCAAUGAAUGGUUAUUGUAAAAUGUCAUUAUUUGUCCCAAAUGCAAAAGACUAUGGGAAAUGUGCAUUAGAUAUGUUAGGUGUUGAACAAGAAACAUUUGGUUAUAUUGGUCAUGCAAUUAAAGAAUAUUUCACUAGUUUAUUACCAAAUUCAAUUUGGAGAUAUUAUAUGUUAUUUAUGAAAUCAUGGUUUGAUAAACAUAAAAAACAAUAA